CUUCAACCAAUGACGUGGAUAUUCAUUGAGAGGCAGUCAAAGCUGCCAGAUAGACACUUUAACAGAGAUUUUUCUGCGUCUUUUUUCCAAUAUAUGCCACAAACCGACCAUUUUCUGUCCCUUAGGCGGGAUUAUCGGAUCUAGCUGCGUUGAAACAGACUGCAGGAUGAGUAAAAGCAAAGUGUUAAACCUGAAGGAUAAAAUCAGCGGGAAUGAGGCGGACCUCAGCCUGUGUAACCUCAGCGAAGUGCCCGCCAGAGAGCUGGCUUCGUUUCCUAAAGCCACAGUGGUGGACCUGUCUUGUAACAACAUCAUCUCCCUUCCUCUUAAAAUAAAAAGGGAAACUCUGACGUUUGUGUUUCAGGUCCUGCAGCACAUGAGGGCCUUACAGGAGGAGUUUGAUCGAGCGCGAGAGAAGCGCCUUUUAAAGGAAAAAGAGCUGGAGAAGAAGAGGGAGGCGAAGCAGAGGGAGCGGGAGGCCAGAGAGAGGGAAGCUCGUAAACGGGAGAAGGCAGAGGAGAAGGAGAGGAGGAGGAAGGAGUACAACGCUCAGAUGGCAGCUCUGGCUGCCAAGGAGCAGCAGAAGAAGAAGAGUGAGGAGAAGAAGAAGAAGAACGGCCAGGCAGCAGAUAAAAAGGUGGAUGUGAAGCCAGCAGCUAAACCGCAGCGUUCUCUCAUCGGCCUGAUCUUUAAGCUCCUCCUCCUGCUGACGCUGGGAUUGGCUGGAGCCGCCGCCGCCUGCCGGCUGACCGACCUGCAGAAGGAAGACGUCUGCGUAGCGAUCAACGCUGCCGUAGACGACUGUUUAAGUUGGGCCAAAGUGCAGGAGGGCGUGGCCAGACAGCUGCUGUACAACCUGUCGUCUGCUGCCAAGGACCUUCUGGAGUCCACGCAAACAUCAAAGAACUGAACGCUUCCCUCAGAGAUGAGAGGUGCAGAGGUUUCCACGCCAUCCCGGCAUCUCUGGGAGCUUUUUUUAAAACGUGCAGAAGUCAUUUUCCUGUCUGUGUCUCUGGAAGGGAGAGAUUUAUUCCUAUGGAAUCACCGUCGCUCUGCAUCCUUUCUAUGGCCUGUCAUCUUUUUACAGCCAUCAAAUAUCUCCCUGGCGACGGAGUUUUGCUCUUUGAGCGGCAGGAAGCUGCACUGGAGCGUUUCAGUGGAGCGGAGUAGUCCCAGGUCCGGAGCUGCAGGUCAGAUGGCGAGCAGUGCCUCCUCCAUCCGGCUCAUCGUUGCUGCCAAAGUUCGCAAACAGAAUCCAGCUGAUCAACGAGUCAUUUUUACUACAUGACAAAUAAAACCGGCAGAAUUUUGCCAAAGAUUCCAAAGCCGACUUUGUUCUGGUUCCUAACGAAUACGAUCCGCAUCACUGCAGCUU